AUGAGUGAAAGUAUCAAUGAACGUGGUUCCCUUUCAAGUGAUAUUGGUGAAAUAGAGAUUUCUACGGAUGAUACAGAAUUUGAAGAUCAACGAUUCCGGUUUUUUCUAUCAUAUCUCAAUAUAGUUUUUGGUACAACACCAACAGUAUUUAAAACAGCAAUUCUUAACAAUGAAAUAAAUCGUAAAUUAAUUGAAUCGUUUCUUGAUAAAUCUGAUCGUAAUAUAAUACUUAUUUUUGAAAAUUCUGAUUCAUUAAGUAUUUUAACUGAAUUUCCAAUUGAAAUUAAAUCGAAAAUAAUUUGUUUUAUUAAACGAAAUGAAAUGAUUAUUGAAAAUGAUAUUCCAUUAAAAAAACAAAUUGCUAUUGCAGAAUUUACACAUUCAUCUAUGACACAAUUACAUUUAUUUAUAUCUGAAAUUUUAUGGCCUAUAUUACAACAACGAAAAAUAAUAUCUGAUUGGCCUGAUAUUGUCAUUCGAAAUUGUAUACAAAAUGUAUCGGAAUUAACUAAUUUAUUAACAAUAGUAAAUGGAAUACUUCGAGGACGAACUAUCUUAUCAAUACCUCAUGAAAUUGAAUUUUUAUCAAGAUCUGAUUAUCUUCGUGUACUUAGUCAAAAUAAAACAUUUGAUAAUCGAAAAAUUCGUUUAUUAGAAAAUCUUAUAAUGACUUGGAAAAAUCAAAUUCAAACAGCAAUUAAUUAUAAUUCAGAUCCACCAAAAAAUCAAUAUAAUCUAUUACCUAAUAUUGAAAUCGACUUUUGGAUUGCAAGAGCAGAAAAUUUACAAGGAAUUCAAACGCAAAUGCAUUCAUCAAUAAUUCGACGUCUUGUUGAAAUUCUUGAAAAUUCUGGAUCGAAUUAUUUCUCUGCAUUUCGUACAAUAUUUCGUGAUGUUAUUCAAGCAUUAGCGGAAGCACAAAAUAUUGCUUUAUAUUUAAAACCACUUGUAUCCAUAUUUGAAUUAAUUGAAAAAGUUCAAAAUAUUGAAUCAUUAUCAUUAUAUUUUGAUCGAUUAUUUCAUACAAUAGCUUUAGUAUGGGCUAAUUCAGUUUAUUAUACAAAUAUAAACCGAUUUAUUGGAUUUUUACAACAAUGGACAAAUUUGAUUAUUUUAAAAAUACGUGAUCUACUUCAACCGAAUGAUUUAUUUGUUGAAACAGAUUUUGAUGAACCUAUUCAAUUGAUUAAUUUAGCACUUGAAACAUGUUUAUUAUAUAAAAAAUCUUAUCAACAUUAUAAAGUAUUAUUACCAACGUAUUUUAAUGAUCGUCAGGAUAUAAUAUCAACUGUACAAGAAUGUUCUAUAUAUGAAUUAAUUGAAUUAGGUGGUAUUGAUGCAGAUGAAUUACAAACCAUUUUACAAAGAGUUCAUGGAGAUAUUAAAUCAGCGUAUGCUGUAUUUCGUGGUUUAUCUGAUGAUAUUACAAAUGAUUCUAAUCUUGAAUUUCCUAAUGCUUAUAAGACAUUUUGUAAAAUUGUCUUAACUAGUGAUGAACGUAUUGCAAAUAUUUUACGUCGCUAUUUUCAACCGUGUAACAGUGAUAUUAAAACAAUUAAUAUUGAUAAUAUAUAUCGAUUACUUCGUAUUUUUGGAUCAACUCUAAAAAGAAAUCGACUUAAAAUUGUUAUUAAUGAAUAUACAUCUACACUUUUGAAUAUAAUUGAAAAUAUUUUGAAUGAAAAUCAAACACUAUUUGAUGAAUAUACAAAAGAUUCACAAUCAGCAUGGUUAUUAUCAAUGCCAAAAUUAAUUUCUGAUUAUACAUUUAUUGAACAAUUACGUCAACGUAUUAAAAAUCAAAUAGAACCUUUAAAAACAAUUGAUAUUAAUAUUAAAGAUAAUGAUAUUUAUAAACGACUAUUAGAACAAGAAAAGAAUUUCCAGAAAAAAUUAGAUGAUUUCAUUGAAAAUACAAACAAACAAUGGAUUGAUUCAUUUAUCAAAGAAAAUCUUCUUCAUCUAAAUGAACCACUUCUUCGAAAAGAAGAUAAAUAUUAUAUUGUUAAUAUUCAACCACAACUUGUUACAGCUUUACAAGAAGUCAUGCGUCUUUAUCAAAUACCAUAUUUUAUACAUUCAUCAGACACUGAAGAAUUCUAUCAACAUAUAGAUCGAUUUCAACAACAAUUUAUUAAUCUUGAUUAUAUUACAAAAUCAUACGGACAUAUCUUUGAUAGUAUUCUUAUUAUUGAAUAUCCAUUAAUUCGUGAUGAAUUAACUAUAAUUGAAAAUGAUUUAGAAAAAGCGAGUACAAUAAUGAAAUUAGAUAUUAAUACAGAUUCUACUGAGUUUAUUCGUCAUCUUCGAGUACGAAUAAGUGAUUUUGAAGAACGUUUAUUUAAAAGUAAAUCGAAUUUGGACGAUAUGCAAAAAUUACUCAAACGUUUUAUUAAAUCUGCAUUAUAUUCUCGCGGUGAAAUUCGACAAGAUCCAUUACUUAUAGUUUAUGAAAAAGAAGAUAAAGUAUUCAAAAGAAAUAAUGAAUUAACAGAUGUUGGUUUACGUUUACAAGAUAUUCUUAAACAAAAUAAAUGGUUAUUAAAAGCUGAUGCUGAUUCUGAUAUGUGGAAAUCUUAUGUUGAUUAUGUUGAUGAAAUGAUUAUUGAAUCACUUUAUGAAAUAAUUGAAUAUAAUCUUAAUUAUCUUCUUGAAGAAUCUGAUCCUACACUUAAUAAACGUCCAUUAUUUGAAGUUCAACUUAUAUUAGAUGAUCUUGAUUUACGUUUUAAUCCAACACUUGAAUUUGGUAGUACAAAUGGUCUUUAUGAUAUAGUUGAUACAUUAAUAGGUAAUAUCUUUCGACAAGCUGCUAUGCUUCCUCGUCUUGCUGAACAUUCUGGACAAAAACAUUAUCAAAAUGAUUUAGAAGAAAUGAAAAAUUUAAAUGAUAAACGAUUAAAAAUUAUGGAACGAUUACGUGAUACAAUGAAAGAAGCAAAUGAUUGGAAAGAUGAAGUAGAAGAAAAUUCAUAUUUAUGGCUUGAUGAUAGAAAAGAACAUAUGAGACAAUUUCUUCUUUAUGGUCGUUUACUUGAAGAUUAUGAAUUAGAGAAUGUUGAACAAAUUAAAGAAAAUCCACCAAAUUUAAUUCAAUUUCAAAAUGAAAUCGAUUUAUUUCAAUCAAUUUAUAACGAUAUUGAUAACUGGAAUCAGACCUUUCUUUUUAAUAGUUGGUUAAGAGUUGAUGCUCGACCUAUUAAACGACAAUUACUUACACUUGUUACUAAAUGGAUUAAUCUAUAUAAAAAUUAUUUAAUUGAUCAUAUAACUAUUUCAUUAAAUGAAUUACAAUUAUUUAUUAAACAUGCAACAGAUAUGCUUCAACAUCCAGUUAAUUCCGAUAAUUUAAAAGAAUUAAUUGAUAUGAUGACAUUUCUAAGUCAAGUACGUGCUCGACAAGAAUAUACAGAUGAUAUGGCUGAACCAAUUAAAGAUAUAAUUGAACUACUUAAAUCUUAUGCAUAUGAAGUACCACAAUCUAUUUAUGCUAUGUUAGAUGAAUUACCAGAACAAUGGAUUAUUAUUAAAAAAAUGGCAACACAAAUGAAACAACAAAUUGCACCAUUACAAGCAAAUCAAGUUACUAAUAUUCGUAAUCAAAUUAUUGAUAUGGAAAAAAAACAACAAGAAUUAAGAGAUAGAUUUUCAAAAGAUGCACCAUUUAAAUAUAAUACAAAAGAACCUUAUGUGGAACUUAAUUAUUGGGCAACACAGCUACGUCAAUUUGAUCACGAAGUUCAACAAUUAACUGAUCUUGCUCGUAUAUUUGAUAUUAAUGUUCCUGAAUAUAAAAUUGUACAGAUAUGUCGUAAAGAAAUGCGUCCAUUAAAACAAUUAUGGGAUUUGAUUUAUUUAAUUCGUUCACGUAUUGAUAAAUGGACAAAAACUCCAUGGAAACAAGUGAAUAUUGAAUUAAUUGAUCAAGAAUUACGACGAACUUACUUAAAUAAAGAAUUACGUUUACUUGGUAAAGAAUGUAAUCAAUGGAAUGCAUAUCAUGAAAUUGAAAAAGAUGUUAAAAAUCUUCUUGCAUCAUUACGUUCAGUAGGUGAAUUACGUAAUAAUGCUAUAAGAUUACGACAUUGGGAAGAAUUAAUGAAAGAAACAGGAGUUGAAAUUGAUAUGAAUGAUGAAACAAGUCUUGAAGAUUUACUUGGUCUUAAUUUACAUAAAUAUGAAGAUGAGGUAAAAACUAUUGUUGAUAAAGCAACUAAAGAACAGGGAAUGGAAAAAAUCUUAACUGACCUUGAAAAUACUUGGUCAAAUAUGAAUUUUCAAAUUGAAAAACAUCCACGUACAAAUGUAACACUUGUUUCAAUAGAUGAUGAUAUUAUUGCUGCAUUAGAUGAACAUCAAACACAAUUACAAACAUUACUUUCAUCAAAAUUUAUAUCACAUUUUAUUGAUAAUGUUAUUACAUGGAAAAGUAAAAUGUCUACAGCGGAUAUGGUUUUACAAUUAUUAACAGAUGUACAACGUAAUUGGUCAAAUUUAGAAGCAAUUUUCAUUGGUACUGAUGAUAUUAGAAUACAAUUACCACAAGAAACAACAGCAUUCGAUAGAAUUGAUAAAGAAUUUAAAAUAAUAUCAGAAGAAAAUGAAGCUGAUUUAAAUUUUAUUCGUUGUACUAAUCGUUCUGGUUUAUAUGAACAAUUGGAGAAAAUGAAAGAUAAUUUACAAUUAUGUCAAAAAGCAUUGGAAGAUUAUUUAGAAAUUAAACGACUUGCAUUUCCAAGAUUUUUCUUUGUAUCUGGUUCGGAAUUACUUGAGUUUUUAUCAAAUGGAAAUGAACCUGAAAAAGUUAUGCGAUUAUUAAAGAAAGUAUUUGAUAGUUUAAAUAAAUUAGAUUUAUAUGAUGAUUCAAACGGAAAUAAACUUAAAAUGGCUUAUGCUAUGUAUUCGGAUGAUGGUGAACGAGUGAAAUUUUUUACUGAUUGUAAUCUUGAAGGUGCUGUGGAAAUUUGGUUAUCACGUUUAUUAGAUUUUCAUUGUGAAACAAUCAGAAAUUGGUUAAGAGUUGCUGUUACUGCAUACGAAGAUAAAUCUCGUGAAGAAUGGAUAUUUGAUUAUCCAGCUCAAGUUAUUCUUACUGCAAGUCAAAUAUGGUGGACAACAGAUGUCAAUGGAACGUUUACUCGUAUUGAAGAAGGUUUUUCAAAUGCAUUACGUGAAUAUAAUAAAAAACAAAUAUCGCAAUUGAAUACACUUAUUAAUUUAUUAUUGAGUUAUUUAAAUGAUCAAGAUCGUGAAAAAAUAACUACACUUUGUCUAAUUGAUCUUCAUGCACGUGAUGUUGUUUCAAAAAUGCUUAAUCUUAAAAUUGAAAAUAGUAAUGAUUUUACUUGGCAGUCACAAUUAAGACAUAAAUGGGAUUCAAAAGAUAAUAAUUGUUAUGCAAAUAUAUGUGAUGCUAGAUUUAAAUAUCAAUAUGAAUAUUUAGGUAAUAAAAGUCGAUUGGUUAUUACACCAUUAACCGAUAGAUGCUAUAUAACAUUAACACAAUCAUUACAUUUAUUUGUUGGUGGAGCUCCUGCUGGUCCAGCUGGAACUGGUAAAACUGAAACAACAAAAGAUCUUGGUCGUUCAUUAGGUGUAUGUGUAUUUGUUACAAAUUGUUCGGAGCAAAUUGAUUAUAAAUCUAUUGGUAAUACUUUUAAAGGAUUAGCAAUGAGUGGUUGUUGGGGAUGUUUUGAUGAAUUCAAUCGAAUAUCAAUUGCAGUUUUAUCUGUCGUUGCUGUUCAAGUGAAACUUAUAUUUGAUGCAUUAAGAGCUAAACGUAAAAUAUUUAAUUUUAUGAAUACGGAAAUUAAACUUCAUCCGUCUGUUGGAAUAUUUAUUACAAUGAAUCCUGGCUAUGCUGGUCGAACUGAACUACCCGAAAAUUUAAAAGCUUUAUUUCGACCAUGUGCAAUGGUUGUACCAGAUUUUGAAUUAAUUGCUGAAUUAAAUCUUGUAUCGGCUGGAUUUACCGAUGCACGUUUAUUAAGUCGAAAAUUUGUUACAUUAUAUACAUUAUGUCGAGAUUUAUUAUCAAAACAAGAACAUUAUGAUUGGGGGUUACGUGCAAUUAAAUCAGUACUGGUUGUAGCUGGAACAUUAAGACGCGCUGAUCCAGAAAUGAGUGAAGAUAAAGUACUGAUGAGAGCAUUACGAGAUUUUAAUAUACCAAAAAUAACUGUCGAAGAUAUGCCUGUUUUUCUUAAUCUUAUUGGUGAUUUAUUUCCAGCAUUGGAUGUUGAAAGAAAAAGAAAUCAAGAUUUUGAAAAUAAUGUUCGAGAAGCUGCUAUUGAUCUUCGUUUACAAGCUGAAGAAGCAAGUCCAACAGCACAAAAUAAUUUUGUACUUAAGAUAAUUCAAUUAAAAGAAAUAUUUGAUGUACGACAUUCAGUAUUUAUCAUUGGAAAUGCUGGCACAGGUAAAACACAAAUUUGGAAAACAUUAUUCAAAACUUAUCAAAAUAUGAAACGUCGACCACAUGCUAUUGAUCGUAAAAUGAUGAUAAUACUUGAGAAGAAGGAAAAAAGACCUGCUUUAUUUUUUUUAGUGGAUCCUAAAGCUGUCACUAAUGAUGAAUUAUUUGGUUAUAUGCAUCGUCAAACACGUGAAUGGAAAGAUGGAUUAUUUUCAAAUAUAAUGCGAGAUUUAGCUAAUAUGACAUCGGAUUCUCCUAAAUGGAUUGUACUUGAUGGUGAUAUUGAUCCAAUGUGGAUUGAAUCAUUAAAUACAGUUAUGGAUGAUAAUAAAGUACUUACAUUAGCUAGUAAUGAACGUAUUCCAUUGAAUGAAACAAUGCGUUUAUUAUUUGAAAUAAGUCAUUUAAAAACAGCUACACCAGCAACAGUUUCACGUGCUGGAAUUUUAUAUGUAUCAACAAAUGAUAUUGGUUAUUCACCUGUUUAUGUUAGUUGGGUUGAAAAACGUGAAUCAAAUAGUGAAAAAAAUCAUCUAUUAUUAUUAUUUGAUAAAUAUAUUCCACGUUGUCUUGAAUUACUUAAAAGUGGACGUGUAAGAACAAUUACGCCAUUAGUAGAUGUCUGUCAUAUACAAAUGUUAUGCAAUAUACUUGAUUGUCUAUUAACACCACAAAAUGUGCCUCCUGAUUGUCCAAAAGAAUGGUGGGAAUUAUAUUUUGUAUGGGCAACUAUAUGGGCUAUUGGUGGUUCACUUUUUCAAGAUCAAAUGAUUGAUUAUCGAAUUGAAUUUUCUAAAUGGUUUAUUCAUGAAUUUAAAACGAUUAAAUUUCCUCCUCAUGGUACUGUUUUCGAUUAUUCAAUUGAACCUCAAUCAAAACGAUUUGAACCAUGGUCUAAACAGCUUGAUGAAAUUAAUUUUAAUCCUGAAUUACCUGUUCAAUCACAAUUGAUUCCUACAAGUGAAACUGUUCGUUUAUCAUUUUGGCUUGAUGCACUUGUCAAAAAAGGUGUUUCAGUAAUGUUUGUUGGUUCAGCUGGUACUGGUAAAAGUGUUAUUAUUACAAAUCGUGUAGAAAAAUAUAAUUUACAAAAUUUUAUGAUUUCAACAAUUCCAUUGAACUAUUAUACAACAAGUGAAAUGUUACAAAAUUCAUUAGAGAAACCUUUAGAAAAGAAAGCUGGUCGAACAUAUGGAGCACCAGAAAAUCGACAAUUGAUUUAUUUUAUUGAUGAUUUUAAUAUGCCUGAACGUGAUAAAUAUUUUACUGUCCAAGCACAUACCAUUGUUCGUGAAUAUCUUGAUUAUCAACAUUGGUAUGAUCGACAAAAAUUAACACUUAAAGAAAUUCGAAAUUGUCAAUUUAUUAUUGCAAUGAAUCAGAAUGCUGGAACAUUUUCUAUUGAUGCUCGUCUUCAACGACAUUUUGCAACAUUUGCUGUACCUUUUCCAAAUAAAAAUACACUUCAUACAAUUUAUUCUAAAAUGCUUGAAACAAAAUUUUUAAAUUUCAAUAAAAUUGAUGUUAAAACACAAACAAAUUUUCUCAGUCAAUUUAUUUCUAUAGCUAUACAAUUUCAUCAACGUGUAUCGAGUAUAUUCUUACCAACAGCUAUUAAAUUUCAUUAUCUUUUUAAUCUACGUGAUUUAUCAAAUAUUAUACAAGGGAUGUUAUUUGCUUCAUCAAAAGAUAUUUUACAUCCUAAUGAUUUAAUACGUUUAUAUAUACAUGAAGCUGAAAGAACUUAUUCAGAUAAACUUAUUAAUCAAGAUGAAAUUGAUUUAUUUAAUAAAAUUUUACGGGAAACUAUACGAAAAAGUUUUGAAUUUGUAAAUGAUGAAACAUUUGUUCGACCACUUAUUUAUUCACAUUUUUCUGGUGGAAUCGGUGAUGGACAAUAUACAGCUGUAUCAUCUAUGGAUAAAUUACAAAAAAUAAUUGAAGAAGCAUUAGUAUCAUACAAUGAAACAAAUCCUGCAAUGAAUUUAGUAUUAUUUCAAGAUGCUCUUAUACAUGUUGCUCGUAUUAAUCGUAUUCUUGAAUCACCACGAGGCAAUGCAUUAUUAAUCGGAGUUGGCGGUAGUGGAAAACAAUCUUUAGCUCGUUUAGCAGCAUUUGUUUCUUCACUUGAUAUUUUUCAAAUAACAAUUAAAUCAAAUUAUGGAAUGAAUGAUUUUAAAAAUGAUUUAAAUAAUCUUUAUCGUCGUGCUGGUUUAAAAGGUCUUCCAUGUGUAUUUCUUUUAUCUGAUAGUCAUAUUAAAGAUGAACAUUUUCUUGUUUAUAUUAAUGAUUAUUUAUCAUCGGGUGAAAUUUUUGGUUUAUUUACUGAUGAUGAAAUUGAAGAAAUUCUUAAUUCUAUACAUUCAGAAGCUAAAUCUCAAGGAUAUAAUGAAUCAAAAGAAACUAUUUGGAAAUAUUUUAUUGAUAAAGUUCGACGAAAUCUUAAAAUAGUUAUGUGUUUUUCACCUGUCGGAAAUACAUUACGUACACGUGCACGUCGUUUUCCAGCAUUAUUUAGUGGAACAAUUAUUGAUUGGUUUCAUUCAUGGCCAAGAGAUGCACUUUAUUCCGUUGUUGUUCGUUUUCUUGAUAGUUUCAAAUCAAUAUCAAAUGAAUUACGUUAUUCUAUCGCUAAUUUCAUGUCUGAUACACAUAUUGAUGUUAAUCAAACAUCAAUACAAUAUUUAAUCAAUGAACGACGAUCUUAUUAUACAACACCAAAAACAUUUCUUGAAUUUAUAAAAUUUUUCCAACAUAUCUAUGAAAAUAAACAAAUGAAAAUUGAACUUGAAAUUGUUCGUCUUCUAUCUGGAUUAGAAAAACUUAAAUCAAUAUCUGCACAAACAGCUAUUUUACAAGAAGACUUAAAGAUUACAACCGAGGAAGUUAAUACAAAGGCGGAAAAAGCGGAUAUUGCAUUGAAAAUAGUUACUGCAGAAGCAGAAAAAGUUGCUAAAGAAAAAUCAUUUGCUGACGAUGAACGUCGAAAAAUUGAAACAAAAAAAGCAGCUGUUGAAAAAGUACAAGCUGCUUGUGCAAUAGAAUUAGCUAAAGCAGAACCUGUUCUUGAAGCAGCAAGAUUAGCACUUGAGAAUAUUGAAAAAGGACAAUUAACUGAAUUGAAAUCAUUUGCAUCACCACCCGAAACAGUUAAAUUUGUUAUGAAUAUGGUUGUUGUACUUUUCAAAUGGGUUGAUGAAGGCCGUAUUAUUCCUGAAAGUCAACGAACAUGGACGGAAGCAAAAAAUACAAUUGGACCCGUUGAAAAAUUUCUACAACGUUUAAAAAGUUUUCAAGUCGCUAAAGUUACUCCACAAGUUCGAGCUAUUAUUGAUAAAUUGAAUACAACAUUGAUGAAAAUAAGUAAAACAGAUAGUAUUGAAAGUUUGAUUCAACAAAUAGCAGUUAAAUCAGCAGCAGCUGGUGGAAUUUAUACAUGGCUUGAUAAUACAUUGAAAUUUCAUACAGUUUAUUUGGAAGUUAAACCGAAACAAGUAGCUUUAGAUGUUGCUAAUGAAGAAUUAAAUCGAGCACAACAAGCUUUUUCAAAAAUUCUCAAUCGUGUACAAAUACUUGAAGAUUGUCUUACAGAAGAAAAUCUUAAAAUGCAACGUGCACUUGCUGAAAAAGAUGAUGCUGUUAGAACAAAAGAAAGAUUAGCACGACAAAUUGAUUUAGCUGAACGUCUUGUUGAUGGUCUUGCAUCAAGUCGAAUUAUUUGGACAAAACGUGUUGAAACAUUUAAUCAUGAUCUGGAAACUUUAAUUGGUGAUGUUCUAUUAGCAUCAACAUUUAUUUCAUAUGCGGGAUAUUUUUCGCGAAUUUAUCGAAAUAAUCUUGUGGAAAAAUGGAGAUCAACUAUUACUGCUACUAAAGGAGUCAUACCAAUGAGAGCUAAUCUACAACCAUUAUCAAUUAUGAUCGAUGAUGCUGAUAUUGCAGAAUGGAUGAAUCAAGGACUUCCAGCUGAUCAAACAUCUUAUGAAAAUGCUGCUAUUUUAACUUAUUGUUUACGAUGGCCAUUAAUGGUUGAUCCUCAAGGACAAGGACUUCGUUGGAUUAAAAAUUGUUUUACAGAUAAAUUAAUUAUACUUCGUUAUAAUAGUAAAGGUUAUCUUGAUCGUGUUGAAGCAUGUGUACGUCGAGGUGAUAUUCUUUUACUUGAAUGUAUUGAAGAAAAUAUUGAUUCAAUAUUGGAACCUAUAAUUAGUCGAAAUUUAAUACGUAAAGGACAAGCUGUUAAAUUUGGUGAUAAAGAAAUUGAUUAUCAUCCUAAUUUUCGUUUAAUAAUGCAAACACGUUUAGCAAAUCCACAUUUUCAACCUGAAAUACAAGCACAAACAACAUUAAUUAAUUUUAGUACGACACGAGAUGGUCUUGAAGCACAAUUAUUAGCUGAAAUUGUUGCCGUUGAAAGACCGGAUUUAGAAAAGAGUAAAUUUGAAGUAACAAAACAACAAAAUGAAUAUAAAAUCAAUUUAAAAAAAUUAGAAGAUUCAUUAUUAGCUCGUUUAGCAACUGCUGAAGGAAAUUUUAUACAAAAUGUUGAACUUGUUGUUACACUUGAACGUACUGUUAAUACUGCACUUGAAAUUGAACAAAAAAAAGUCGAAGCAGAAAAAUUUAGUCAACAAAUUGAUCGAACACGAGAAUUAUAUCGACCAACAGCUAUACGUGCAUGUAUCAUAUAUUUUAUUAUGAAUGAUUUAUCAAAAAUUCAUCUCAUGUAUCAAUUUUCUCUCAAAGCAUUUCGUGCAGUUUUUCUUAAAGCUAUUGAUCGUGCAGAACAAAAUGAAGAAUUACGUAUACGAAUUGAUAAUCUUAUUGAUGCCAUUACAUUUGCUUCAUAUUCUUAUAUUAAUCGUGGUCUUUUUGAAGAACAUAAACUAAUUUUUACUAUGCAAUUAUUAUUACAGAUUUUAAUGGAAAAAGGUGAAAUUGAUAUGAUUGAACUUGAUUUAUUAUUACGUAAUCCACAAGAAACACAUGCAGGAAGUCCUGUGGAAUUUCUUAAUAAAAAAGCUUGGGGUAGUAUCAAAGCAUUAUCAUUAGUAUCAAGUUUUCAUGGUCUUGAUCGUGAAAUUGAAACUUCAAGUAAACGAUGGAAAAAAUAUGUUGAAAGUGAAGCACCAGAAUUAGAAAAACCUCCAGGUGAAUGGAAAAGUAAAUCAACCAUGCAACAAUUAUGUAUUCUUCAUGCUGUUCGACCUGAUCGAAUGCUUUAUGCAUUAAAAUUAUUUGUUGGCGAAAAACUUGGUAAAAAAUAUAUUGAAAGUCGAUCAUCAGAUUUUGCACAUAUUUAUGAUGAAUCAACCAAAUCGAUUCCUAUUUUUUUUAUUCUUUCACCUGGUGUUGAUCCAUUAAAAGAAGUGGAAACAUUAGGCAAAAAAUUCGGUUAUACAUUACAAGCUGGAAAAUUUCAUAAUAUAUCAUUAGGACAAGGACAAGAAAUAAUUGCUGAAAAUGCUUUAGAAAUCUCAGCUAAAGAAGGUCAUUGGAUUGUUUUACAAAAUAUACAUUUAGUACGACAUUGGUUACCAAUAUUAGAAAGAAAAUUAGAACGAAUAUUAGAAAAUGCUCAAGAAAAUUUUCGUCUUUUUAUGUCUGCUGAACCAAGUGCAGAUAUGAAUACACAUGUAAUUCCACAAGGAAUAUUAGAAAAUUCUAUUAAAAUUACAAAUGAAUCACAUACAGGAAUGUUAGCUAAUCUUCAUAAAGCAUUGGACAAUUUCGAUCAAGAAGUUUUAGAUUCCUGUAGUAAAGAUACUCAAUUUAAAGUUAUUCUUUUUGCUCUAUGUUAUUUUCAUGCUGUUGUAUCGCAACGAACAAAAUUUGGGCCUAUUGGUUGGAAUAGAAAAUAUCCAUUUUCAUCUGGUGAUUUACAAAUAUGUAUCGAUGUUUUACGUAAUUAUCUUGAAUCGAAUGUUAAAAUUCCUUGGGAAGAUCUUCGUUAUAUAUUUGGUGAAAUUAUGUAUGGUGGACAUAUAACUGAUGAUUGGGAUCGUCGUUUAUGUCGUAAUUAUCUUCAAACAUAUUUGAAUUCUACAAUGUUUGAAGGUGAUCUCAAUUUGGCACCGGAUUUUCCAUUACCACCACCCUUAGAUUAUAAAGCAUAUCAUGCUUAUAUUGAUGAUAAACUUCCAAGUGAAUCACCGAAACUUUAUGGACUUCAUCCAAAUGCUGAAAUUGAUUUUCUUUCACAAACAAGUGAAAAACUUUUUCGUAUACUUAUUGAAAUUUCACCAAGAGAUACAAAUUCUAUAAAUCAUGGACAAAAUACAACAUUAUCACGCGAUGAAAAAAUUCGAACUGUUCUUGAAGAAUUUCAAAAUCAUAUACCGGAAGAUUUUAAUAUAGUUGAAUUACGUGCAAGACUUGAUGAACGUAAUCCAUAUGCUGUUGUUGCAUUACAAGAAGCCGAAAGAAUGAAUAAUUUAUUACGUGAAAUUCGACAAAGUCUUAAAGAAUUAGAUGGUGGUCUUAAAGGUGAAUUAGCAAUAUCAAAUGAAAUCGAAAUUUUACAAGAAUGUUUUUAUCUUGAUCUUGUACCUAUUCAAUGGGCUAAUCGAGCUUAUCCAUCACUUUAUUCAUUAGGACUAUGGUUUCAUGAUAUGUUAAAUCGUUAUCGUGAAAUAGAUAAUUGGAUCGUAGAUUUUCAAUUACCAAAUUCUGUAUGGUUAGGUGGUCUUUUUAAUCCUCAAUCGUUUCUUACUUCAAUUAUGCAAGCAAUUUCACGAAAACAAGACUGGCCACUGGAUCGUAUGUGUCUUAUGGUUGAAGUUACGAAAAAACAAAAAGAAGAAUUACAAAGUUCACCAAAAGAUGGUGCUUAUAUUCAUAAUUUAUUUAUUGAUGGAGCACGAUGGGAUAAACAAAGUAAUUUAUUAGUGGAAGGAAAAUUAAAAGAAUUAUGUCCACCAAUGCCAGUUAUAUUUGUUAAAGCUAUACCUAUCGAUCGAUUAGAUACGAAAGGUACUUAUGAUUGUCCAGUAUAUCGAAUUAAAACACGAGGACAUACAUAUAUUUGGCGUUUUAAUUUAAAAACAAAAGAAAAACCAUCAAAAUGGGUACUUGCUGGUGUAGCAUUAUUAUUACAAACAUAA